AUGAAUUCUGAGAAUUCUCGAUGGAAGUCAGAUGAUGUGUGGAAUAAAGAUUUCCAUUUUAAUGGAGUGGACAAGCGAAACAGAUUUCAAUCUAAACGGGAUCAAUAUCAUUUGAGGUAUGAUAGUCAAUCCUUCUACAUUACAAACUUCCCAAAAACUAUUCUACCUUCUGAUUUAUGGUGUGAUUGUGGUUGUCUGGUAAGAGGUCAAGACAAGGGGAAUAAAGAAUUGGAUAAUGUUGCAAUGGGGAAUAAAGAACCAGUUAAUGUUGCUAUUGUUCUUAAUUCUGGGGAUUUUAUUAUUAGAAAUAAAAAGCUUGCAUAUCUAGCAAAGGCAAGAGAUUUUUCUACCUUAUCGAAUCUUAGGAUGUUAUGUCAUGAUGAAGGUUUUGUGGAUUUUCAAAUUCGAUAUGCGUGGGGCCUUUGGGUGAUGUUUUAA